UAAAAUCCUCUUCAGCUCAAGGAUUUCCCACAGAGAGUGUGAGAUGGAGUUCAGACUUCUGCUCGUCCUCAUUUCCUCAUGUUUUCUGUGCUUUGCUGAACAUAAAGAGCACAAACCUCCUGAUAUCUCACAUCUGGCCUUCAGAAACACAGACUUCGCCAUGAACCUCUAUCGCAAGAUCUCCAGUUUUCAUGACAGGAACGUGGUGUUCUCUCCGCUAAGCGUCUCCACGUGUUUCUCGGCGCUCCUGCUGGCGGCGCAGGGCUCCACGCGUACUGAGAUACUGAAGGGUCUGAAUCUGGAGGCUCUGGAUGGAGGAGACCCCCGGCGGGUUCCUGAACUCUUCCAGCAGCUCCACCAGAACAUCUCCCUGCAGAUGGAGCAGGGCACAGCGCUCUUCCUGGACCAGCGCUUCCACCUGCAGACCAACUUCAGCCAGCAGAUCCAGAGGUUCUUCAACGCGGGGCUCAGAGUGGACUUCAGCAAGCCUGCGGUUUGCAGGAGCCUCAUCAAUGAGUUCGUCAGCAGAAAGACCGGCCGUAAAGUGCUGGAGAUGCUGGAGAGCGUGGAGCCGCUCACACAGAUGAUGCUCCUCAACACCAUCUUCUACAAGGGUGAUUGGGAACGUCCGUUCGACCCCAACAACACCGAAAUGAGCCGCUUCUACGUGGACAAAUACAACAUCGUUCAGGUGCCAAUGAUGAUGCUGGAGGAGAAGUUCUCUGUGGCGGAGGACCGGGAUCUGCGCGCUCGAGUGCUGCGUCUGCCGUACCGCGAUGGAGCCUCCAUGCUGAUCCUCCUGCCCACAGCUGAGGCAGACUACACCGCCAUCGAGGACGAGAUCAGCGCUGAGCGGCUCCACGGCUGGAUCAAGAACAUGAGGAGAAUGAAGAUGGAGGUGCAUCUGCCCCGCUUCCGGAUGGAUCAGUCGUACCAUAUGCAUGAGCUCCUGCCUCAGCUGGGCAUCAGCAGCGUCUUCCAGGACUCCGCAGAUCUCAGCGGGCUAAGCAGAGACGCACAUCUGAAGGUUUCUCAGGUUCUUCAUAAGGCAGUGAUAGAGGUGUAUGAGCAGGGCACCAGCGCUGCCUCCUCCACAUCAGUGGGCAUCACGGCGUACUCUCUGCCGGACACCUUCAUCAUCAACAGACCCUUCUUCUUCUUCCUCUACCACGAGGAGACCGCCAGCCUGCUGUUCAUGGGCAGAGUCAUCGACCCCACGCUUAGCUGAUGUGCACACACCACACACACACACACUCUGAUGGAGACGAUACCCAUAAACACACACACACAGGAGGCCAUCCUCUCUCUUUCUCUCACACACACACACAGAACACAGGAAGUUGCAGGGAGGUGGUUUAAAAAAUAACAUGAAUAAUGGAUGUGUUAUUACCUUGUGACUAUAAAAACAUAAAUGACCGCUUAAUCCACUUAUAUUCUGUUUUUCCUUCACUAAAAGUAAAGCAACUAAACACUUUACAUGUAAAUAUGACAGAUUUCUGAGAGCUGAAUAGCGACAGUAGAGUUACAGUGGACUUUUCUUCAUCCAUCUUCAGCACAUUUUAAGAGAAUAGUCAAUUUAACUCUGGUGAUAUAUUAACACUGGUGACUUGACUUAUUUUUUUCCAUUUCCUGAAGUAAAUAAUGUUUUCUAAUAGUAUUUUGUUUAACGGUAACACCAGUGACACAACUCCAGGAGACGAUUACUUUCAUUAGGCCUAUAUGUUUUAUCAAGCUUGCCAUUUUCUCUUUUUAGUAGAAAAAUCUAAAUAAAGCACCUUCCUUCUGUA